AUGAGCUCGACUUCUGUCGACGGACUGGAUCAAGCAGGCGAUGUGGCACCAGUGGCGGGCCCGGGCAAGCAACCGCAGAGUACCGCUUCGAGGCCAGCUGGAAAGUCGCGGAGGGCAACGGCAAAGGGGAAGGAGAAGGCCGUCGCGGCUGUAUCUGGACCCUCCAGUAAGCCCAAGCAAAUAAAACGCGACCACUGGACUCGCUGGCCCCUCCUUCUUGACGACGUGAUAAAACCCGAAUGGACAUUAGAGGAUGAAGUCGCCGUUAUCGCAUCGCAGGUUUUGAAAUCCCGCGUGUCACCCUCAUUUCCCAUUCCUAUAUCUGAGGAAAAUGACGGCAGGGAAGAUGAUGAAUUCGUCUAUGUGAACACGGAAGUAGAUGAAGACGACCCAGACCAUCCGUUCUACACACCCUACCUGACAUCCAUCGUGGCCAGCUACCUCUCGACGAUGUUGGCUCUCCUCGCGUCUCACACCCCGGCUCGUCCUGCGAGCAUGCAAAACCGCAUAGAACCGCUGAACUGGCGUGCUGUCUUGGAUGUUGUCGUGUCUUGUGGUGUCCCUGAAUUCAGUAAUCCUAAGGUUGUGCACAAUGUCAUCAGACGGAUGGAAACCAUCUACGGACCCUCGAUCUUGCCAAUCGAAGGCCGGAUGGCCACUAGCUAUCGCGCUGUCGAGAGGAUGAAAGGAAAGGAAGCUGCUGCGGAAGAAUUUGCUAAGUUCUUCCAGAGCUAUGAAGCAGACUACUUCUCUCAGGCGUCACCUCCCCCUUCCUUCAAGCCCUCGAAGACCAGGACAAAAAGAAAGCACGAUCAGCAUGAUGACAACAAUCCACGUGCACCGAAGCACAAAAAUGUCACCAAAGUGCGAUUUGAGCUGCCUGACACUGCUGCGAGCGGCGGUGAAUCCUCCGUUCCGUGCGGCAAGGAGUCGCGAGCUGGUCAAUGUAACCUACCCGGCUCGGCAAAGGAAAAUCCGGCAGACGAUGCCAUCGAAGCUUCAGUAUAUCAGCCGUCUGGCUUAGGCCUUCGUCGGAGCUCCAGGAAAAAGACUACAGUGAACUACUACUAUCCGCCUCCAGAAGAGUAA